AUGAGCUUGGAAAGCACUGAUGGUAAAAGGAAAGACGGUCAACUGAUCAAGAAGGUGAAACUUCUCGGCCAUGUCGAAAGGAAGUCCACGAAGUCCUGCCAAAGAAGCUGGUUCAGAGACAAUGUCUCCGUAAACGUGGUCUCAGAGAUGCCACGGAACAUGGAUGGUCAUGUACCUCUAUCCAUUGCUCCUUCUCCGUUUCCUUCCAUUCCAUCAUGUCACAUUGACGACAGCAAAGCUUUGCUCCAAUUCAAGAACUCAUUUUCCUUGGAUCAUACCCUAUCUUGUGGUCUUGAUUUGCCUUCUACAACAAUCUCCUGGACGAGUGGCACAGAUUGUUGUGGAUGGAGCGGAAUCACCUGCAAUAACAUAACAGGUCAUGUGAUCGGCCUCGAUCUUACUUGCGGCAUGCUUCGGGGAAUUAUUCAUUCCAACAGCAGCCUUUUCCUCCUUCGCCAUCUCCAAAUUCUAAUCCUCUCAUCAAAAAAUGAUUUCAGAGGCUCCACCAUUCCCCCUGAAUUUGGUAAGUUUGAAGAUUUGCUGCACCUUGAAAUUUGGUUUGCUAAUUUUGCGGGGGAUAUACCACUGGAAAUAUCCUACCUAUCUAAGCUUCAAACACUUGAAGUUCAUGAUGAAAAUCAACAAUUGAGACUAAACGCAUCUACCUUCAAAAGAAUCAUCACAAACCUGACCAACCUCCAAAACCUCACUCUAGAUUUUGUUGAUAUGUCUUGUGUUGAUCUUGCUUCUUUGAUGAAUUUGUCAUCUUCUUUGACAUCUCUUUAUCUUUGGGAUUGUGGGUUGCGAAAUUCACCCAAUGCCAUUUGCCACCUACCAAAACUCGAAUUCCUUUACUUAAGUGGUGAUGAAAAUCUGACCGGUUCUCUGCCUAAAUAUAACUGGAGCAGUUCACUCAGGGAAUUGGGUCUUUCUGGAACAAAUUUCUCAAUAGAUAUACUUGAUUUAACUAGAAAUUGGAAGUCAUUGGAUGGAUUGUACCUUAGCAACUGCAGACCAAAUUCCAAACAAAACCUGCAAGUUCUUGAUCUUCGCUUCAACCUUCGAGGACAUGAUCCAAUUCCACCAGCUUCCAUUGAAAUUUUUUUGGUAUCAAACAAUCAACUUACUGGAGAGGUACCAAUAUCCAUUUGCAACCUCAAAUCCCUUCAGGCUCUUGGUUUGGCUCAUAAUAGUCUGAAUGGCAAUCUCCCUCCAUGCAUUGGAGAUCUUAGUGGAAAUCUUGUGAUUUUGGAUAUUUGGAUGAAUAAGUUUGAUGGAAUGAUUCCUACAACGUUGUUUGCAAAGCAAUGCUCAUUGAAGAAUCUAAACUUGAAUGGAAAUCAAUUGGAAGGCUUCUUGCCACAUUCUUUGCUCGAUUAUUUCCUUUCAGAAUGUUGCGGAUCUUGGACAUCUCACAGAAUGAGUUCGAUGUGGAAACCAUUGAAUGAAGCAUGCAGCAAUGUUGAUAAGGCACAACAAGGAGGUGAUGAGUAUGAGCAAACAAAUGAGUUUGGCCUCUGGAAGAUCGUAGUGAUGGGCUAUGGAUGUGGAAUGGUGAUUGGAAUAUCAAUUGGAUAUAUGAUGCUUUCAGAUAGAAGAAUUGCUCUAUUUUUGGGAAAGCUUGGAGGUGAUCGAUGGAUUCGAAGAAUCAGAUUGUGA